AGCGGCGCGACGCGAUGACAGAGAGCGUCGAUGAGCUACUCGACAUGCUUGAUGAAUGCCUACAAGAAAGACCACAUCUACCGACAAAAAACAGAGGCCCCAAUUGCGCGACGUCAUCCGGCAGAAAGAAGGAGGCUGUCGAAGCAGCUGCCGACUCAUCUCAGGCAUCUGUGGCCGCCAGGCAGCCGUGUGCACCCUCUGCUGUGGAUCAGCUGCUAUCGGAGCUGGCCCUCGCGUCGGAUGACGCACUACAAGAGGGCCGUCCACUGCACUCCCUUGAUGAAUUCCGCACGUGAGGCGUGUCAUGCACACACUGGAGACAUAUGUAUGCCGAUGAUCUUGCACUGUGCGUCCUUUGUGCGCCAGGUCCCCAAUUCGUUGCGAUCCCCCCAUGCUGGGAGGUGAGUGAGAGGGUCUCCCCCAUGGCACGCUAGGUGUCCCGGGCCAUGGAGUGACGGCCCACGUUGUCUGUCUACUGCAGGUUCAUCUUGUCGUAGGGGCCUGUCCUCUCGGGCCGCCGCGUCGCAGGGAGCAGCAAACGGACAGGCCGAUACGUGCUGUGACAACAUGAGGUGCGGGAGACGCCAUCAUUGAUAGAGCUCUGACAUGUGUGUGACCUGUAUGCUGUGGUCAGGUGUCUGGCCUGCGACAAACAGGUGCUGCAGUUCUCCGGCGUCGCGUGGUCCGGGUGAGUGAUGAAGCCCCACGCCACACACACACACACACACACAUUCCCUGGUCGAACGAUGCAGGCGUGUGGAUUGCAUGUUCUUUCGCAACCAUCAUCCCUCACGGGAGCGACUUAGCAAGGUGGGGAAGCCAGAACAGGCUCCUGUGUGAUGUGUAUCUGUUGUGCGUUUCAUGAAGGGGUGGAGGGCGUCUCUUGUGGACGUGUCGUACUGCUGUCAGUGCUCCUGGCUGACUGUCUCAUCUCUCCUGCCUCUGUCCAGCAGGUACAUACACGGGAGACCAGCACAUGCGGUGUGCGUAUCAUUUUUGGUGCGUGCUCGGUUGUGUGUCCACAGGCCUGAGCUGCGCUGGAGAUGUUAUGGCCAUUAGUGGCCCUUUUGGCUGACUUGCAGCCCUGUGUAUAUGCAUGUGUGUUCAUGUGGGAUUCGAUACACUUGGGGAACAGGGUGUGGUGUGAUUGGCAAUAAAGCGCGCAAGUCAGUAUAUACAUACACAGGGAGGGCUACAGGGCAC